UGCCAGUGAUCGCCGGCGCCCAGCUCCGCCCCUCGCAGAGCCGCCCCCUCCCGCUGCAGGAAGAGCUGGCCCAGCUCGGGGGAGGCCGCCGCCUUCGUCGGUUCUUCUUUCUCCUGCCUUGUGCUUGGGGGGCCGCGCCCGGUGGCUGCGCUGCCCUCGGUGGGCGGUGGGCCCACCGGCUGCUGAGCACUCGGCGCAGCGCAGCCUGGUCUCCUGCCCGCGCGGCGUUGUGACAGGUGCAGCGUCCCCGCGGCGCAGCCACCUGCGGCCGCCGCGAUGCCCACCAUGCGGAGGACCGUGUCGGAGAUCCGCUCCCGGGCGGAGGGUUAUGAGAAGACAGAUGAUAUUUCAGAGAAGACAUCACUGGCUGACCAGGAGGAAGUACGGACUAUAUUUAUCAACCAGCCCCAGCUGACCAAAUUCUGUAAUAACCACGUCAGCACUGCAAAAUACAACAUAAUUACGUUCCUUCCAAGAUUUCUCUACUCUCAGUUCAGAAGAGCCGCUAAUUCAUUUUUCCUCUUUAUUGCGCUGCUUCAGCAAAUACCUGAUGUAUCACCAACAGGCCGCUAUACAACACUGGUCCCUCUCUUAUUUAUUUUAGCUGUGGCAGCUGUCAAAGAGAUAAUAGAAGAUAUUAAACGCCAUAAAGCAGAUAAUGCAGUGAACAAGAAACAGACUCAAGUUUUGAGAAAUGGUGCUUGGGAAAUUGUACACUGGGAAAAGGUAAAUGUUGGAGAUAUAGUUAUAAUAAAAGGCAAAGAGUAUAUACCUGCUGACACUGUCCUUCUCUCAUCAAGUGAGCCCCAGGCCAUGUGCUAUAUUGAAACAUCCAACUUAGAUGGUGAAACAAACCUGAAAAUCAGACAGGGCUUACCAGCAACAUCAGAUAUAAAAGACAUUGACAGUUUAAUGAGACUUUCUGGCAGGAUUGAAUGUGAAAGUCCGAACAGACAUCUCUAUGAUUUUGUUGGAAACAUAAGACUUGAUGAACUCGGCACCAUCCCACUGGGAGCUGAUCAGAUUCUUCUACGAGGUGCUCAGCUGAGAAAUACACAAUGGGUUCAUGGAAUAGUUGUCUACACUGGACAUGACACUAAGCUGAUGCAGAAUUCAACAAGCCCACCGCUUAAACUCUCAAAUGUGGAACGGAUUACAAAUGUACAAAUUUUGAUUUUAUUCUGUAUCUUAAUUGCCAUGUCCCUAGUCUGUUCUGUGGGAUCAGCCAUUUGGAAUCGAAGGCAUUCUGGAAAGGACUGGUAUCUCAACUUAAACUAUGGUGGUGCUAAUAAUUUUGGACUGAAUUUCUUGACCUUCAUCAUCCUUUUCAACAAUCUCAUUCCAAUCAGUUUAUUGGUUACGUUAGAAGUGGUAAAAUUUACCCAGGCAUACUUCAUAAAUUGGGAUCUUGACAUGCACUAUGAACCCACAGACACAGCUGCCAUGGCUCGGACAUCUAAUCUGAAUGAGGAGCUUGGCCAGGUGAAAUAUAUAUUUUCUGACAAAACGGGUACUCUGACAUGCAAUGUAAUGCAGUUUAAGAAGUGCACCAUAGCUGGAGUUGCUUAUGGCCAUGUCCCUGAACCUGAGGAUUAUGGCUGCUCUCCUGAGGAAUGGCAGAACUCACAGUUGGGAGAUGAAAAAACAUUCAGUGAUUCAUCAUUAUUGGAAAACCUCCAAAAUAAUCAUCCAACUGCACCUAUAAUAUGUGAAUUUCUUACAAUGAUGGCAGUUUGUCACACAGCAGUACCAGAACGAGAAGGUGAUAAGAUCAUUUAUCAAGCAGCAUCUCCAGAUGAGGGAGCACUGGUCCGAGCAGCCAAGCAAUUGAAUUUUGUCUUCACUGGAAGAACACCUGACUCAGUAAUUAUUGAUUCACUCGGGCAGGAAGAACAGUAUGAAUUGCUCAAUGUUCUGGAAUUCACCAGUGCUAGAAAAAGAAUGUCUGUGAUUGUUCGCACUCCCUCUGGGAAGUUACGACUUUACUGCAAAGGAGCUGACACUGUCAUUUAUGAUCGACUGGCAGAGUCUUCAAAAUACAAAGAAAUUACUCUAAAACAUUUAGAGCAGUUUGCUACAGAAGGAUUAAGGACUUUGUGCUUUGCUGUGGCUGAGAUCUCAGAGAGUGAAUUCCAGGAGUGGAGAGCAGUCUAUGAACGUGCAUCAACAUCUGUGCAGAAUCGGCUACUCAAGCUCGAGGAGAGUUAUGAGUUAAUUGAAAAGAAUCUUCAGUUACUUGGAGCUACAGCCAUUGAAGAUAAAUUACAAGAUCAAGUGCCUGAAACUAUAGAAACCCUAAUGAAAGCAGACAUCAAAAUCUGGAUCCUCACGGGGGACAAGCAAGAAACUGCCAUUAACAUUGGACACUCCUGCAAACUUUUGAGGAAGAACAUGGGCAUGAUUGUGAUAAAUGAAGGUUCCCUAGAUGGAACACGGGAAACUCUUAGCCGUCAUUGCACUACCCUUGGUGAUGCUCUUCAGAAGGAGAAUGAUUUUGCUCUCAUAAUUGAUGGGAAAACCCUCAAAUAUGCCUUAACUUUCGGAGUACGACAAUAUUUUCUGGACUUAGCUCUGUCAUGCAAAGCUGUUAUUUGCUGCAGGGUUUCUCCUCUUCAAAAAUCUGAAGUCGUCGAGAUGGUUAAGAAGCAAGUCAAAGUCAUAACACUGGCAAUUGGAGAUGGAGCAAAUGAUGUCAGCAUGAUACAAACAGCACACGUUGGUGUUGGUAUAAGUGGCAAUGAAGGCCUUCAGGCCGCUAAUUCUUCUGAUUACUCCAUAGCUCAGUUCAAGUAUUUGAAGAAUCUAUUGAUGGUUCAUGGUGCCUGGAACUACAACAGAGUCUCUAAAUGUAUUUUGUACUGCUUCUACAAGAAUAUAGUCCUCUACAUUAUCGAGAUCUGGUUUGCCUUUGUCAAUGGCUUCUCUGGACAGAUCCUCUUUGAGAGAUGGUGUAUAGGCCUCUAUAAUGUGAUGUUUACAGCCAUGCCUCCAUUAACUCUUGGAAUAUUUGAGAGAUCAUGCAGAAAGGAAAAUAUGUUGAAGUAUCCUGAAUUAUACAAAACAUCACAGAAUGCAUUGGACUUCAACACUAAGGUUUUCUGGGUUCAUUGUUUAAAUGGCCUCUUCCACUCAGUUAUUCUGUUUUGGUUUCCACUAAAAGCCCUUCAGUAUGGUACUGUAUUUGGAAAUGGGAAAACUUCUGAUUAUCUGCUGUUGGGAAAUUUUGUUUACACUUUUGUGGUCAUAACUGUGUGUUUGAAAGCUGGAUUGGAGACAUCAUAUUGGACAUGGUUCAGCCACAUAGCGAUCUGGGGCAGCAUUGCACUCUGGGUGGUAUUUUUUGGAAUCUACUCAUGCCUGUGGCCUGCUGUUCCAAUGGCCCCUGACAUGUCAGGAGAGGCAGCUAUGCUGUUUAGUUCCGGAGUCUUCUGGAUGGGACUGUUAUUCAUCCCUGUGGCAUCCUUGCUUCUUGAUGUGGCAUACAAGGUUAUCAAGAGGACCGCUUUUAAAACAUUAGUAGAUGAAGUUCAGGAACUGGAAGCAAAAUCUGAAGACCCAGGAGCAGUUGUGCUUGGAAAAAGUCUCACAGAGAGAGCACAACUGCUCAAGAACGUCUUUAAGAAGAACCAUGUGAACUUGUACCGGUCUGAGUCCUUGCAGCAAAACCUGCUUCAUGGGUAUGCUUUCUCUCAAGAUGAAAAUGGAAUCGUUUCACAGUCUGAAGUGAUUAGAGCAUAUGACACCACAAAGCAGAGACCUGAUGAAUGGUGAUGCGGAGGGGCUGCCAGACAGGUCUCUGCCACAUCUGUACGGAGAACUCCCAAGUCUUCUCCAGAAUCUGCUGACCAAUUCCAGCCUGGUGUGAGGAUGGGAAAGGUGGAUCUGAGCUCAUCUUGCUGACUUGACAUUCAGAUUCAUGUAUAUUAUAGACAUGAACACUGUGCAACUCUACUGUAACACCAUUUCUUGCAGAUUUUUUUAAAAGUAUUUGCUAAGUCUUUGUAAACAGAAACUGAAAAUGACCGUGUAUUUUGCCAGAGUGCUUUCUUAAACUGGGAAUAGGUCAGUAUUCUUAUACUGUUACUCUGGGGCUCUAGCUAUCAAUUUAUGGGAUAAACCACAACAUGUGGUAAUCAGUUAAAGGGACUCUUGAAUUAGAUUUCAGGAUAUGCUGAAGAAAAAUGAAAAAUAAAAAGAAUGAAAAAAGAAAAAGCAAUCUGAGGAUAACUGAAUCACUGAGAAAAAUUUCUAAACAAGGCAUUACUACAUGUUGUGUCAAAAAUGUGUCUUGAUAAAUGUUUGCCAAAGAAGUUCAAUAAAUGUAUUUCUCAUUCAGUAGUCAUUUGUCCAGAAGUCUAAGAGAACAUUGACCCCUAGUCCUGUUGUAAGAUCUGCAUGCCUGACUUUUCAAAUUAGAGUGAUUUGCAAAAAUGAAUAUUUCCAGGCAUUUGCUACUUAAGUCCAUGAUGUUGCACCUUUGACCUUACAAAUGCUUCUUUCUCUUUCAUCUUGUUUAUUUGUUAGAGACACACAUAGUAAUGUGACUCUUGUCAUUGUGGUACUGAAUUUUAAAACUGUAAUGUCUCCGUCAUUUCUGAUGAGGUUGGGUCAUCAUUUCGAUUUUUCUACAAGUCUGCCUUCUGCUAUAGAUCCAGUGGUAUUUUGUCUUCAGGUUUUCUGUUGUAAACAGACGAGGCUUAUGUAUUUAUGUGGGAUUUCUAAUGCUUCCAUGGAGUUGUUUGGAAUACCACGUGGGAUAAAUGCAUGGACUUUUGUACUGUACCUAAGCUUGGCUUUUGUACUGUUUUAGUUCUCCUUUCUUGGUUCCUCUGAAGGCGCCUGCUGUCUGACCUAGCACAUGCUGUGUUAUGGCGACUGCCCUGUACUUAAGACUGAGAAUUACUUCACAGUUCACUUGUCAAGCAGCUCCCAAAAUUAGGCCCACGCUGCUAAUUGGGACAAAGAAGUAGUACAUUUUCCCCAAAUUAAAAAACACCUCCUUUACUCAAGCCUGUAACUUAACAGUUAACAAGCCCUUUUAAUCAUGGCUAAGUUUCAUCAGUAUGUUUUUAAAUGAAUGGACAACUUAUUUUCAGCAUUCCUGAGACAUCUCCUGAAGAUUCCUAUUUUGCUACCAACAAUAAAUGGUAAAGGGGCUGUUACCACAGUUAGUUUUCUACAGUAUUUUUAAAACAAUGCUUUCAUUUAAAAAAUAAAUAUAAAGAAUUCUAGUUUUCAGAGACACUUCAUAGAUGAAGCACUUUUUGCCUUUUAUUCAAAAGCCUUUUUGCCUUUAAGUGGACGUACCAGCAAAAUAGGUAUAGCUUCAUCUAUUAAAAAAAAAGUCUCAGUGCCACAAAAAUAAUUAAUUAAAAUAAAGGAAUUUUUUAAUUCAACUAGAAUUGAGAAGAGAUGUGAGUUUUUCAAAGCAUUCUCUGAAUUUAAUAAUCUCACUUUUUUCACCUUUUUUCUCAAUCUAUAUUUAAAAGUAGGCAAAAGUCACUAUCAGUAUUUUUAGCUGUGUAGUUACUAGCAUGUCUAUCCCAUUUUCUACAAAUAAAAGAAAUUACAGUACAUACAUAAUUUGAACCUAAAAGGAGCAGGGGUUUGGGACAGUUCACUUCCCACUGAAGUUCAGAGUAAGAGAAUUGUAUAUUAGAGGGAAGACAACUAGUUUAAGAUGAUCUUCAAAAUUCUGAAGUCACAGGUCUUGUCUACCAAAGAAAUUUUUAAAGCAGCUAUUCCAAUGCUUCUGUAGAAACAGUUGAAGUCAAACCCCAAAAACCAAAAAGUAAGGAUGAAGUACAUCCCUUCAGAGACUCGAUCUAUAAAGAGCUGCUUCUAUGUCCUUGCCUCUUCAGUGACAUCCUUCCACAAAAUUUUAAUAUUAGGAUAUUAUUAAUCUAACAAAAGUAAAUGUUCUAAAUAAACAAAAAUUAAAGUUUUUUUUAAACCUCUUUUUAAAAACAUUGUAUUUAUUUUAAUGAGAGAAAGAGAAAGAUACAGAGAGACCAGAGUACCACUCAUGGUGGUGCAAGGGAUUGAACCUGAGACUUUGGAGACUCAGGCAUGAAAGUCUUUUUGCAUAACCAUUAUUUUGUCUCCCUCCACCCCUCCAAAAUUAAAGUUUUCACUUUAUCUUGAGAGAUGGAUUGUUUCUGUGGAACUCUUCAACAUGAAUACACUACUCAAUGACUGGUGACUGAAGGGAAAAUCGUGAUCUGAAAGAUUGCAAACAUAUUUUUGGCAAAUCUUUUUGACCAAUAAUCCUAUUUUUGAAUUAGCAACAUUAACUCAGUCUUUUUGCUUCUUUGGAGGGAGGAGAGGGUGGGCAAAAGAGUCACCUCAUGGGUAAAAUUAUAGAUGCAACACUGCAAUCACAUGGACUUUGAAAUUGAAUUCCAGAAAGUCUUCUAUUAGUUAUACACAUUUCUGAGAAAAGUUGCUACUGUUUUACCAGAAUUACAAUAGUCAAAAUGACUUACAAUAUAUAUUUUCAGAAGUAAAGUACAUGUACUCUUUGAUUUAAAAGUUCCUUAUAUGGACUCUGGUAAAUGCUAACACCUUUGCUUUAUGUUUACAAUACCAAAAAAAAAAAAAAAGUGAUUUAAAGCAGAAAAUUUUUUUCUAUUUUUUUUUUUAACAUUGAAAAGCUGGGAGUUGCUUCUUUAAUAUUCAACAGUACACAGUGAGAUUCAGCAUGAACUUUCUAAAUGUUUCUUAUAUACAUAUGAAAAUACAAUUGUGUUUCACACCCAGAAAGAUGCUGUAUAGGAGAAAUUAUUAGCAGAAAAUGGUGUUUCUCAGGACUGUUGUAAAGUUUAAAUGAUGUAUGUGCCGCACACCCUGCUCUGGGUUUAAUGUGAGCCUGCUUCAGCUAUGUUGCAGUUAGUGGGAAAACUCUCAUCAAGUCAGAUGAAUGUGAAUUCUGCUGAGUAACAUUAGUCAUUAGUCAUCUAUGUAAAUUAUAUGACCAUUACAUGGAAUUAGUGAUUACUCUUAGUUCCCAGUGGGGGGAGGGAGAGGAAUUCAAGAAGUAAACAUUCUGAUAAUGCAUUUCUGUAUUUUAAAUUUGCAGCUAAGUAGUCUAAAUAUCCAAUUUGAAGGUCAUAUGACAAUUUAUCCUGUAUUGUAUACAUUGUACAUCACUUAUAACCUAUCAAAGUGUUCUUUCAGGAAGUGAAUUCAAAUGUGAAAUAGAUUGUAUAUAUAUUUAUUAAAUUAUUUAUAAUAAUAGCAUAAUUAUUAUAGAGCUAAAUUAUCAAGCUCUUAUUUUUUGUGCAGUUGCUCUAUAAUAAUUCUUGGUUUUGAAAUAACCUUACUAAUAGUCAUCUACAAAGCUUAUUGAGGAAACCCUUACCCCGUUCAUAUUAUAUGGGCCUGGUCAACAAAAUUUUUUUGUAAAUUACUUAAUGUUACACCAUGCAACUUAGUGUCUGAAAUAUAACCUUCAGUGAUGACCAGUUCUGUAAUGCCUCUUAAAGAUCACAGCCUAAUUUUUCUUACAUUAAAAUAACAGGAGUCAGUCUGGGAGCUAGUUUUCUAAUCUUAUUCUCAACUCUUACUAGAUCUUCCCAGACAAUAUUUAUAGUCCACCUGCAGGUGAGCUAUGAGGCUCCAGCAAAAAUUACCACAAGCAUGGAUCCCUAAGAACAUACCUUAAACAGACUUCUAUCUUCUAUCCACCCUAAAAUCUAUAUGCCUAUCUACUCUAUUCCUACUUUAUGGUGCCCAUUCAUUGAACAUUUUUGUCCUGCUUUAUAUCUUACUGCAUUUCAGCUACUAAGUUGCAGAUGCUACUACAAUUUCAUCACACACUCCCUGGGCAAAUGACCUCACCAGUAUGGCCCAGAACCUCACCUCCCCAGAACCCUAUCCCUCUAGGGAAAGAUAGAAAUAGUCUGGGGAAUGGAUCUACCUGCCAGUGCCCAAUCUAGCAGAGAAGAAAUUACAGAAGCCAAACCAUCCACCUGCACCCCAUAAAAAUUUUUGGUUCAUACUCCCAAAGGGGCAAAUGUUAGGGGAAGAUGGCCAAAGGGCUCUGAAUUCUAAUUCCAUCAGGACCUGGAAAAAGAAGAGAGA